AUGAUAGUAUCACUUUUCAUCAGUACGCCGGCAAUUUGCUGCUCUGCAUACAGUGCCAAGACAUCAGUUUGUUUAGACUGGAAAACGGAGAGCGCUCUAAUGAGCUCAGUUUAUGGUGGCUCGACCAUCAACAUAGCUGCCUCGUCUGCUGUUGAUAGCAGCCAAGGCUGUUUCAUGAAGCCACCCAAUUUCAGCCGCGGACUUCGAGCUCGAAUCACUGACGGUGGACGUGAAAGAAUGCAGGACUUCCGGAGCUCAGAAGUCUACGAUCUUUCCACUUUUCAAACUCAUCUGGGAUCCAGAGCGUGGGCACUACAAGAGAAAAUGCUCCCGCCUCGAACGACACACUUCGGCGAUCGAGGUGCCUUCCAGGAAUGCAGGACGAACGUUGCCUCAGAGUACUUGCCAGAUGGUUUUCCAAAACAGCUCGUCUCCCCACUUGUGCGUCGAAAGGGGAAAUUCGAAUGGCUGUGGCAUCAGCUUGUACCGCUUUACUCUGCAGCAAAUCUGACGUUUGGAAAAGAUAAACUACCGGCGCUGUCCGGAGUUGCAAGGCUUGGGUUCAAUGAAACGGGUGAUCAGUACCUUGCCGGGAUGUGGAGGCGUCAAAUUGAGGAACAGCUAUGCUGGCGCCGGUGGAGACCCAAAACCACUUUGAAGCGACCGCCUUGGCGAGCACCGUCGUGGUCUUGGGCCUCUAUCGAUGGAAGAGUGUCGUGGAGAUCGGUGGAGCAAAGCAGCAGCCUAGAGAACGCGUACGCUCAUGCCUUGGAUGCUAGCACGACCCUAUAUGGUCACGAUCCGUUCGGCCAAGUCUCUAGUGGAGUGGUCUGUCUUGCAUGCUCUAUUGUAGCCACCGGCUUUUUGGUUUCCUCAAAGACACCCAAUAAUUCGGAAGGGGAGGCCGGCGCUAUUGUUGUGCUACGCACCGGCAAUGAAGAGCAAGAGUUUCCCAUCCAGAAGGAUUGUUUAGACGACUUCGACGAGGAGAACAAGGUCCCAGUUCAUCUUGUUCCUAUUUUGGGUGGCACAACUGGCAUGGGAACGUACCCAGAAGUCGGAGAAGUAAUUGAUGAGCUUGUGAUUCAGGGUGUUGUGCUUCGAGGUACAAGCGUCACAAAAGGCGAGUUUUCUAGGAUCGGAUCGUUCAACUUCUACAAAGACAAAAUGAGCGGCAUAGCUCCCGAAGAAGGGGAUGUCGAGUUUUACGAGCCUUUUCUGAAGGUGUUGAAAGAACACGGCACAGCGGCAGCUGAGGCUGCAUGUGCUGAGAUCAUAUCGAACUCCGAACAUCCCCAGGAACGAUACGUUAUCAUCAUCGUAUAA